CGCCCACCCCAGCCUGGCCCUUGCCAAGGCCGAAGACUUGCUAGCGGAAUGGACCUUUGUCUCUGAACGGAGUUGAAAGAAGGUGACCAGAACGCAACUUCCAGCGGCUGGAUAUCAUCUGAACCAUCUACCAACAAAGCCCUCCUCUCCGACUACGAGGUCCGAGAACUGCGUUCAGAGGACGGAAAGCCGUCCAAGCGGUCAAAGCCCGGUCCUUACCCACCCCCCCUCCGCACGUGCCCCGCACCCCCCCUUCCCCUCCCAAACACCGCCCCGCCGAUCCGCUCCCUCCUCGCUUUCCCUGCGCCCAAGAAACGAAUACAAAACCCUCUCCGUAGACCCCGCGAUCGGCCUCCACUGGUGGGGAGGGACGGACGGAUCCCCCCACGAUUCGGCGGCGCCUCCGGCGACGACCACGACGACGUGAUGGUGCCGCACCACGCCUACAACCGCCUCGGCAGCGGGGGGACGACGCCGUCCCCGCCGGCGUCGCCCCGCCGCUCGCCGAGGAUCCACCGGCGUCCCUCCAAGUCCGCCUCCGGCCGGGCCCUCCAGGCGCCGCGGACCCUUCUGCAACGGUUGGCGUGGAUGCUCCUAUCGCUCCUCCUCCGGCGGCAGGCCAUCUUCCUCUUCGCGCCGCUUCUCUACGUCGCCGGGAUGCUAUUCUAUAUGGGCACUGUCUCCCUCGAGGGCGUCCCCCGCAUCAUCUCCCGCCCCGCUCCUGGCUCCGUCUACCGGAGCCCCCAGCUGUACCAGCGUCUCCGCCCCGAUAUGGACUCUGAUAAUUCUUCCGAUGCGCUAGCGACUGUAUGGAGACACCUCUAUAAAGGUGGUACGUGGCGACCAUGUAUAAAUAUGACUAUGAAUGAGUUGCCUGAUUCUAAUGGUUACAUAUAUGUUGAAGCAAAUGGCGGCUUGAAUCAGCAGCGGACUUCUAUAUGCAAUGCAGUUGCUGUAGCAGGAUAUCUAAAUGCAACACUUGUUAUCCCAUAUUUCCACUAUCACAGCAUUUGGAGGGAUCCUAGCAAAUUUAAGGAUAUCUAUGAUGAGGAGCACUUCAUCAAUACCCUGAAAAAUGAUGUAAGAGUGGUUGAUAAGGUUCCUGACUUCAUAAUGGAACGAUUUGGUUACAAUAUGAGUAAUGUCCAUAACUUCAAGAUCAAGGCUUGGUCUUCCAUUCAAUAUUACAAGGAUGCUGUCCUGCCUAAGUUAAUGGAAGAAAAGUUUAUAAGGAUAUCUCCUUUUGCAAAUCGUCUGUCAUUUGAUGCCCCUUCUGCAGUCCAACACUUAAGAUGCUUGGCAAAUUUUGAAGCCUUGCGCUUUUCAAAUCCUAUAGCUACUUUGGCUGAAAAGUUAAUUUCUCGAAUGAAAGAACGCAGCAUAGACAACAAUGGUAGAUAUAUUGCAGUGCAUCUUCGCUUUGAAGAGGAUAUGGUUGCAUUCUCUUGUUGCUUAUUUGAUGGUGGUGAAGAGGAGAAACAAGAUAUGAAUGCUGCAAGAGAAAGAGGUUGGAGAGGAAAGUUUACUAAACCGGGUCGUGUUAUACGCCCUGGUGUAAUUAGGAUGAAUGGAAAAUGUCCGCUUACACCUUUGGAGGUUGGCUUGGUGCUUCGAGGCAUGGGUUUCAGUAAUAAUACAGCUAUAUAUUUGGCUUCGGGUAAGAUUUACAAGGCCGAAAAGACGAUGGCUCCGCUUCUUGAAAUGUUUCCCCUUUUGCAAACUAAAGAGACAUUAGCAUCGCCAGAGGAGCUUGCUCCAUUUAAGAACUAUUCUUCUAGAAUGGCUGCAAUAGACUACAGUGUCUGUCUUCAUAGUGAAGUGUUUCUGACAACUCAAGGUGGGAAUUUUCCUCACUUUUUGAUCGGCCAUAGGAGAUAUUUGUAUGGUGGACAUUCUAAGACGAUCAAGCCUGAUAAAAGGAAGUUGGCAUUGUUGUUUGACAAUCCAAAAGUUAGUUGGAAGGCCUUGAAGCGUCAAUUGUUAAACAUGCGAGCUCAUAGUGAUGCCAAGGGGAUAGAGAUUAAAAGAUCAAAUGACUCAAUAUACACCUAUCCUUGCCCGGACUGCAUGUGCCGCUCGAACAGAUCAGAAGUUUUAAAAUCUCCACCAGCUUCAUAAUAUUAGUUAGGGAGAUUUUGGUUAACAUUCAUUGCAGUAUGCCUGAUUUUUGCGUUGGUGUGUAAUUCAUUCUUUUAUUGGCAUCUGGUGGGAGUGCUGUCCUUUUGCAAGCUUGCAGGCACCAACAGAAAGCAUAUUGCUACAAUUCUUUUUGGCCUGGGAUAUCUGCAUCCUCUUGUAUAACUGGAAGAGAUGAUCUGAGAUACGAGCCUUUUCAUCCAGAGGUGUUAACCCUGGGCACUGACAGAGUUUGUCUCACAUCCGCAACCUCUGUAUCUAACAGUCAGAAACCACUGUAUUCCUUCGCUCCUGCUCCCUCAGUUUUGGUGGAGGCUUGUAUAUGAUUUGAUUUUUUUUCUUCCCAAUCAUAUGCAAAUGUUCAUGUAGAGAGGGAAAUGGAAAUUAUCAAAGCAUAUGGGGCAUUAAUACUGUGGGCUUAUUUCUCUAUCGUCUAUUUGUAUAUUACUUGGUUAUUGUCCCAGCCGAGUUUUGAAAUUCUUGAAAAGAGCAAUUAUUUGUUGAAGGGUGUCAUCCUUCUUUCUCUG